CAGAGAUGUAGCUGUUUUGACCAUACAGCUGGUCUAGGAUGGCCCCUGCGAAGGUCUCCCUUCUCUGCCUCCUGCUGCUCGGUCUCCUGGUGUUCCAGGCGCAUGUGUGUCCCACGCCUUGCCGCUGCUACAGCCUGACGGUGGAGUGUGGCUCUUUGGGGCUGAAGGACAUUCCAGGGAGCAUCUCCCCCACCACCCAGACCAUUUUCCUGCAGGAUAACAGCAUCACCCAGAUCCGCCAGCAAGACCUGGCCUCCCUUCUGGACCUCCGCUAUCUCUACAUGCAGAACAACACCAUCUCCGCCCUGGAGCCUGGCGCCUUCCACCCCCAGAAUCGGCUGCUGGAGCUGGCGCUGAAUGGCAACCGCAUCCAUCUGAUCAACAGCAGCAUCUUCAAAGGCCUGGAACACCUGCGCGUCCUUUACCUCUCCGGCAACCAGAUCACCCGACUCCCAGAUUUCACUUUUUGUGAACUGGAGAGGCUGCAGGAACUUCACCUGCAAGAGAACAGCAUCGAGUCCCUGGAGGACCAAGCGCUGACUGGACUGACCUCGCUGGCCUUACUGGACCUCAGCAAGAACAACCUGCGCACCAUCAGCCGCGUGGCCCUGAGGCCCCUCAUCAGCCUGCAAGUGCUGAGGCUGACAGAGAAUCCAUGGCGAUGCGACUGCGCUCUGCACUGGCUCAGCAGCUGGAUCCGAGAGGAAGGCCAGAGGCUCCUGAGUCCCCAGGACAAGAAGAUCGAGUGUUCGGAGCCGCCCCGCCUGGCCUACCAAAGCCUCGCUGACGUCUCCGGCAACAGCUUGAUCUGCAUCCCUCCCGUCGUGCACGUGCAGCCGCUCGAGGUCACGGCCCGGCUGGGCGACGACCUGCGCGUCUCCUGCCAGGCCUCGGGCUACCCUCAGCCCCUGGUGACCUGGCGUAAGUUGGCCCACUGGCGGGCCGGGGACUCCUGGGGAAGCCGGACCCGCCUGCCCAGCGGCAGCUUCGAGCUGAGAGAGCGCAGCCUCGGGGAGCGCUUCGAGCAGUCGGACACCGGCAGCGGGAUGCUCUUCCUGAACAACGUGACGGUGUCCCACGCCGGGAAGUACGAGUGCGAGGCCUCCAACCCCGGCGGGAUGGCUCAGGUGGUCUUCCACCUCCUGGUCAACCUCUCGCAGCAGCAGCAGCAGCAGUCGCAGGGCUCCGCGGCUUCGGUCGACAUCAGCCAGGAGCCUCUGUACGACCUGGAGAGCAUGGAUUUCCACGCCCUGGGCAUGGCCACCCAGACGGCCAUCGCCGUAGCCAUCUCCCUGCUGGCCCUCCUGGCCCUGCUGUUGGUCAUCAUGAUCUACCGGAAACACCGCAAGCGGAAAAAGGCCAAGAAGGAGGAGAACAUCCUGUACGUCAACGACUACUCCGACGGGCCCACCACUUUCGCGCAGCUGGAGGAGUACCGAGAUGAGAGGGGCCACGAGAUGUUCGUCAUCGACCGCAAUAAGCCCCUCUUCGCCACCUACAAGGACCCCCAGGGCCUGGCCGGGGUCUUUCCGGAGCAGCUGCAAGACCAAGCGACUCAGACGCCGGGAGGAGGAGGAGGAGCAGGAGGAGGAGAAGAAGAGGCUCCCCAGGAAGGCAGCGAGCACUUUGCCAACCAGGGACUGACGCUCCAGCCCCAGAUAGCGUACGAAAUCCACUGCUAAGUGGAGCUGUG